GAGUACACACAUCCUACGAAUGUGCCAUGGGAUCAUCUGGUUCGAAGCCAACCGAGCCUCCAGCGGCUACUCCCAGCUCUUCGCAGAUCCUGGUACCCGUUUCAGGGACCGCGGAGCCACCGAAAGUCGGCAAGUCGGGCAAGAAAAUUUGCUGUUCCUGUCCAGACACAAAAGCGGCUAGGGACGACUGUGUCAUCUUGAACGGCGAAGAGGAGUGCAAGAAUUUCAUCGAGGCGCACAAGGAAUGCCUGCGUUCGGAAGGCUUCGACAUCCGAUAGCACAACGAACGCGCUGGAGAGGCUUGCGCCUGCUGCGUGCGAAUAGUCAUUUGCGUCGUAUCGCCGUUGGUUCUUGUGCAUACUGGCUGUGCCAUCGGCGAACGUGUUUGGACUUCGAAGACGAUUCGUUUACGAUGUGUUUCAUUCGUUGUAACACCCUCCAGUAGAGCUAUGAUUGGGUUUGUCAUCCCCCUCAUCCCGGACGCCGUUCUUUACACCUUCCGGUGAAAUUUCUGGACGCAGUAGCUGGAGUAGACAAAAAGAAAAGGAAGGCCACACAGCACAAGUUUGAGUAGUCAGCGAUUGCAUUGCUCUUUUGUUUCUUGCAACACGACCAUACGGUUCCUCCGUGAAACGCGCGUGGUUUGUUUUUGGUGUACUGUCGGGGGUUUCGUGGGGAGCUUGCGGGCAGGGCAAUAAACCUCUUGUAUGUAGUUGGUCAUGUCAAAUUUCAUACAUCUAGAGAGCCAGGAGGCCAGGAGACGCAAGCAUGGGCUUCGAGCAGAGAGUUGUUUUUUUGCCGGGACUAGUGUAGAAGACCCUUUUUUGUGUGUGGUUUCUGAUGUAUGUGUUGUUGUUCGUGGUGGAAUCUAUGCUCAGGUGUGAAGAGAGACGCAGCGGUACGAUAGUGAGUAGGCAUGGCCAGCUAGGGUGCCCCCUCAUUUGCAUCUUGAUAAUAGAGAGAGGACAUGUCCGUCCAGUGUGCCCCUCGCAUUUUGUAAGAACUUGUGUUAUUUUUCUCGCGUUUCGUGGAACUUUGCUUCGUACCACCUUUUUGGGCCCGUAAGUGCUGCAGGAGAAUUAAAUCUCUUUGACAAGGAAAGCGCGGGAGAUGAUGGGUGGGGUGUUGGUCAAGAGACCGCACGGGGGAUUUCUGCCCCCCUGCUACGUAACGCCUCCAGCGAAAUGUUCAUGGUUCAUUGUCGCACCUGUUGAAAGCUAGCUCGCUCUGAGAGCUAUUAUUAAAAGCCUUCCGUUAUCCAUGUUGCGUGUUCCCCGCAAGCGUAACUCAGGAGGGCACGGGGAUUGCAAUCCCAUACACCUAUGCUAAUAAAUCACGAUAAGGCGAAAUCCUGGGGGAG